AGUUACUCACUUUGAUUUGCCACGGAUUCAUACUACCAUGACAACUCCAGCUUUUGGUCAAGCCCUGUCGCCCGAACCCACAAACGCCUUUGCCGUGGCGGAAGGCGUACCGGUGUCCAAGCCUGAUCCGACUCCUACCCCCGGCCUGCCCAUGCUCGCCGGAUUCGAGCUCUGGGUCCCUCCCAAGCCAAACGUUUACGCGGAUGGUUUGCCCGUUUACGAAAUUCUUGGAACCGACGCGCAGAUUGUUCAGUUGCCCCUGCGGGCCCGACGACAAGUCAUGUGUUUCUCCGGCGCCAUGGCCUACAUGAGUGAUGGUAUGAAAAUGGAAGCCAAACUGGCGGGUCUCGGAAAAACAUUUGGUCGACUCGCUGGCGGUGGAUCCUUGUUUCAGUUGACCUACACCAACGAAACGGAUCAAGAUGGUUACAUUGCCAUGACUCCGGAUUAUCCGGGGGUGAUUGUACCCAUCAAUAUGGCGAGCUGUCCGGCAGGAAAGAUUGUCACCAUGAGAGACUCUUUUCUUUGCGCAACCGUUGGCGUGGAUAAUUUGACGACUGAAGUUGGAGCUGGAUUCAAUCCGGCCUCAAGUAUCGGUAGCUUCCUAUGCAGCGGCAUUGAUUUUAUCGUACAAACCGUAAGCAACGGUGAAUGGGCGUUCCUUAUGGCCAUGGGAACUGUGAUCCAGAAGAACCUUCAACCAGGUGAAAAACUUUUGGUUGACACUGAAUCUAUUCUUUGCUUUGAAUCAUCGGUCACCAUUGAUAUCCAAUGGGUAGGCAACGUGGCUGCCAUCUGUUGCGGUGGAGAAGGUCUCUUCAAUACUACCAUGACUGGUCCGGGAAAGAUAUGGAUGCAAAGCAUGAGUAUUGAUAAAAUGCGUACACUCUUUCCACCUAAAGUCUCAAGCUCGGGCGGCGGCGACUCCGGCGACGGAGGUGGAGGCGGGGAAUAA